CGCUCGCUCUUCUAAAUGGCCACCACUUAGAAUCCUCCCUUUUCCGGUCUCGUGUGGUCAACAUGGCGGCGUCCAUGGCGCGAGUUUUACGACACCGGUCUUGCGUUCCACAAACUGCAACCUUUUGGUUAAAAUGCAAAUUUCACCGUUCGGUUUCUGUAUGUAAUGGGCUACUACACGCUCUUAAUAAACGCGGAAUUGUGAAGGACUCUUUCCCGGAUGACGCGGCGCAUGACAGACUCCCUCGCCUGCUGCAGUCCUGCGCUCAGACCGUGUACUGCGGCUUUGACCCCACGGCGGACAGCCUCCACGUCGGCAACCUGCUCGCCCUCAUCGGCCUGUUGCACUUCCGAAGCGCCGGUCACCAUGUGAUCGCCGUGCUCGGCGGGGCCACGGCGCAAAUCGGCGACCCGAGCGGAAAAACGAGCGAGCGGGAGCGGCUGUCCGCGGACGCCGUGGAGGAGAACACGCGGGGCAUCCGCGAGAGCAUCCACAGGAUUUUCACGAACCACGAGCUGCACUUCCACGACGGCUCCAAGACGCCGGGAACCGUGACGGUACUGAACAACUUGAGCUGGUACAAAGACUGGAACGUGGUGGGGUUCCUGGCGGAGUCCGGCAGACACUUCCGCAUGGGGACCAUGCUGAGCCGACACAGCGUCCAGUCCAGGCUGCGGAGCUCGGAGGGGAUGAGCCUGACCGAGUUCACUUACCAGGCAUUCCAGGCCUAUGACUUCUACCACCUGAACCAAAUAUACGGCUGCAAGAUCCAACUGGGGGGCACCGACCAGCUGGGCAACCUCAUGUCCGGCCACGACUUCAUUAACAAAGUGAGCGGGGAGGAGGUGUACGGCCUCACCCUCCCGCUGGUCACCAGCACGACGGGCGACAAGCUGGGCAAGACGGCGGGCAACGCCGUGUGGCUCAACCGCGACAGGACGUCCCCCUUCGAGCUCUACCAGUUUUUCCUCCGGCAGCCUGAUGCCAGCGUGGAAGGGUACCUGAAGCUGUUCACCUUCCUGCCACUGGCCGAGGUGGAGAGCCUGAUGGCGCAGCAGCGAGCAGAUCCUGGUAAAUGUCUGGCACAUAAACGACUGGCAGCCGAGGUGACGAAGCUGGUACACGGGAAGGAGGGUCUCGAGAGUGCCAAGAGAUGCACCGACACUCUGUACCACAGCAGCGUGCGGGCGCUGGAGGAGAUGAGCGACCUGGAGCUGCAGGAGCUCUUCCGAGAGGCUCCUUUGCCCACCGUCAUCGACGCGUGCCGCAGCGUCAAUGCCAUCCCGGAGGGUCCCAAAGGGUAUCGGAUGGUUUCGGAGGGGGCCGUGUGGCUCAACCACAAACGGACUGACAACCCGGAGCAGGUGCUGAUCCCCAAGCUCCACAUCCUGGCCAACGGACUCACGCUGGUCCGAGUGGGCAAAAGAAACUUCUAUAUUAUCAAAUGGCUCGGUCUUUGAAAGGUGUGUGGACGUGGCUUUUUUUUUUUGCAUAUAAAUAUUGUACAGAGGUCAUUUAUAUCACUAUGGUAAUUAAAAGGAUUUUAUUUAAA